AUGAAACCUUCACCGUGGAUUACUUUCGACGCAUCUCCUAGUGGGAACACGCUGACGUACCAUGAGCUUGGGUUGACCUCACUCUCUGGUACAGGCUCUAGCGUUGUUAGGAAUAGCUGCCGGCCAUCUUUUGUAACCUUCGUAGGGCGAAGAUCCAAGACCAUCCUCUUGAAUGGACUUUUAGGAGACGAUAUCGCAGUACCUGUACACAAGGAGGUGUUUUUGUGGUCGCUGUCUAGAUACAACGGGUGCGCGCCGCUUAUCGUCAUCGAUUGUGGUAUGCAAAACUCUCACCUGCAACCUCAAAAUCCUGCUCUCACCUACUCAAUACCCGCAACUUCAUGGCCUUUGCCAAAAGUCCAGAACAUCAAUGCGACGCUAUGUGGGCGAAUCUUUUCGCCCUUCUCAAGUGUCAUCUGCUGCUUUGUUAGCGAUCUUGGGGGGCCGAGGGCUGCUGCAAAGUGGCUAGCUGAUUUUGCGACGGCGGCGGCUGCGCCUGAUUUACCGACAGUGCCCCGCAUUCUGUUAGUCGUGGAAACCACAUCGGACACAUUUGACGAGAGAGUCGCGGCCAACAAAGCCACCAUGCUACUUGUCGAAGCUAUGCAAAAUAAUAGCGAGUCGCAGGAUAAACACCCUAAACGCCUAGGAAUAGGCGAUAUUGAAGUCCUGGGCCUGCAAUCAUGCAAAUCCACCACAGCCCGAGCGCGGGCUUUCAAGAGACGCCUUUUAGCCAUGUCUGACGCAUCAAUGGAUGAGCGCGCAAGCAAAUUUACGCAGUUUAGUUAUACUCACUUUCAAGCUUUAACAAAGCAAGCGCUUAGCCACAUGAGCAGCGAUAGCACGACAGAUUUCCAUUUCGCUAGUGCUUCUCGGCCGCGAGGUUUCACGACCAAUAUCCUUGAAGCUUGCCUUACGGACUUCUUAAACCAAAUGCCUUCACAAGCCUGGCUUUGGCAUUUUGCUGCACCUCUGAUAGCUUCAGCCUUACUUCUGUCUAGCUAUCCACCAAACGCACAUACUGCUAUUGCUUCGUAUACAAUGCACAGGGAGAUACAGCGCAAGUUCGUCUCUGCUGUACUACAUGAGUUUCGAGUCAUCUUUGCAAAGUAUGAGGAUGGCGCACAACCUGCUAGCGAUGUGCACCGGGAGGUAUUGAACGCGAAUCACACCCACUUAGCGGACCUCAAAAGCCAUCGAUCGUGUUUCUGUUGCUUCUCGCGUAUGCCAGAAAAGGUUCUUCCGUGUAGUCACGCUUUGUGUGACCCAUGUAUUCGGAUAUUCGGACGUCGCUCCCGCUCUGAGAGAAACACAUAUGAACUUCCAGAAUGCGUCUUAUGUGGCGUCAAUUACAAGAACUCAAUAUUCCGGUUCGUCCCCCCGACAGCGGGUGUACGGGUUCUGAGUGUCGACGGGGGUGGUGUCAGAGGAGUGAUACCUCUGACCUUCCUUCAACAUCUCGACAGCUUACUUGCCCCAUUUGGAUGCGCUGCGAAGGAUAAUUUCGACUUUGUAUGUGGAACAUCGGCUGGCGGUCUUGUUGUCAUUGGCAUGUUCCUGCUGCAAUGGAGCGCUGCUGAGUCUAUACAAAGAUUUGAGCAAGUAGCAGCCAAAACCUUUGGCAAGAGAAAAGCACUGAUUUCGAGAGCAAUUCAACUUGUCGUGGCAUAUGUCGAAGAUGGUCAGUAUAGUCUCGCAGCAGUACAGGAAGCUUUCAGGAAAACAUUCGACUCCCCACUGCAGAUGUUCAACCCGUUAAGGAAUGACACCAAAGUGGCUGUCACUACAACAGCUGUCAACGACUCGCUACCAUGGUUGUUCACUAACUACAACGGGGGGAAACGCCCCGAUGAUAUCGGAUAUGAUGUUGUUCGCGCUGAGAAAGCGCAGGAUGAUAUCACUGUUAGUGAUGCAGCAUGCUGUACUUCAGCCGCGCCUUGGUUCUUCAAACCUCAGGCGGUGCGCAGCUUAGGCAUCUUUCAAGAUGGAGGACUGCAACAUAACAACCCAGCGAGUAUCGCCCAAUGGGAAGCUCGUUUCAUGUGGCCAGCGAAACCAUACCCCGAUUUUGCUCUAUCACUCGGAACCGGAACUUCGGCGGACGCCGUAGAUCUAGGAAUUACGAAUUCACGAUUUUACGUACGCUUGUUUAAAAGUUUCAUGCGCAACUUAAACGGCGAAGACGCAUGGAAACGCUUUUACAAUUCCUUGGAUCUCAACAUACGGCAUAGAUACCAGCGACUUAAUGUACAGUUCACUGGCCCAGAGCCCAGCUUAGAUGAUGCACUUCAGAUACCGAAUCUCAAGGCUAUUACCACACGGAAGAUCCAAGACGAUGGAGUUACUAUAACAGCAGUACUUGACUUGAUGCUAGCUUCAAUGUUCUACUUUGAACUAGAUGCACUACCUAAACUAGAGGGAGGUAGUUACCUGUGCUUAGGGUACAUAUAUUGUCGCCUUGACCUGCCCCGAGAAGGUCUACGCUAUUUGUAUGAGCAACUGCUCAAAACAUCUUCAUGGUUUCUCGUCCAGGGAAACCCCAUUCGAUGUAUUCAGACUAUUCCCAAAGGACUCCCUCCAUUCAAAAGACGAAUCACAUUCCGUGCCGAGACAAUGGAAGACGUUAUCGCGUUCUCCAUUCGAGGCAUUACGAGUACUCCAAGGCUAAUAAGUGGUUUCCCAACUACCUUGGCGAAAUUAAUCAAUGAUCAGAAUCUUGAGCGACCCUUCGGCACUAUAGACCACAUGACGUGCGAAAAGCCACUGCCUGCGAUCCCUUUGAAACGUCCAAGUGUUUCUGAACCCUAUGAGCAUAAGUACAGCUCAAAACGAAUGCGGGUGAAACAAGGAUUCAUUUGA